AUGGAAGAAAACUCAGACACAGAAGCCUCGGACGCGGAGCUACCAGGUCCCGGGAGCUCCGUGACGGAUUUAUCCGUUCAUCAGGGGACCUCUAAUGAUGACUUGGCUGCGAAUAAGGUACUGAUUAUGAUUAAUGCACCGCUACAUACGGGAGGUGAACCUUGCCCAAUUUGUAGCUUGAAACAAUUAAAUUUCAUUUUUUUAACACUACGGGACCUGGCAACUCAUAUUGAGAGACACCACCUGUUGGAUAAUAUCCGAUGGAAAUGUAGAGUAUGCAACAGGUCUUUUACUAGAGUGCAUGGAUGGGAAUGCCACAUCCAGAAAUGUACAGGGGUACAAGAAGAAACGGAAAAGGUGCAUAAAUGUACGGUGUGUGGUGCGUCCUUUGAAAAACCAGUAGGUCUCUCAAUGCAUCAAAAGCAUAGACAUCCGCAAGUGAGAAAUGAAAAACGUAAAGCGGCGGCGGAAAAACCAAAGAAAACUCCUGGAAGGAAAUUAAUUACAUGGACUGAAGAGGAAGUAUCCUUAUUAGUAAGCUUGGAGGAACGCUUCGCAAAUUGCAAACAGCCUAAUGCUAAAAUGAAGGAAUUUUUCCCAAAUAAAAGUGUAAAACAAAUUAGUAGCAAGCGAAGUGAUUUAGUCAGAAGGAAGAAACGUCAAGACAAUAGAUUAGAAGAGAAUGUAAAUAUAGAUGAACGAGAGCAUAGGAAUGAACAUAAUACCAAUGUAACUGAGAUGGAAGCGAAUGAACAAAUUGAAACAGUAACGAAUGAAUUAGAACGGACAGAGAAUAGGUCACAGGAAGAUACAGUAAAUGUAAAUAACGAAGAAAACUUAAAUGAGGAUGCUAUAACUGUGAACGAACCCGAACUAAUGAGUAUAAAUUGGAUAAAUUGGCUAAAUGAAGUCUUACAGGCUCCAAGUGAAAUUCCAGAAUCAAUAACUGAUAUUUACAAAAAAUUGCUACUAAUAGGAAGAAAUCUUGAAUCGCAAUCUACAGAAGUGCCAAAUGAAAUAGAUGAUUUUAUUGAAAAUAUACUAAUUCCGUUCCUAAACACCGUUAAAAAUAGUGAAAAUAAUGGUGAGAAUAAAAGCAAAAGUAAAAGUCAUAGAAAUACAAAUAAAAACACGAAUAAUGGUAAGUUAAAUAACAAACAAGAGAAUAACUACAAUAAUAGAGGAAAAGAUUCUAGAAAUAUGAACGAAAAUGGAGAUGAAUCGAGUAAAAACUAUCAUAAAAGAAAUACCGCUAAAAGGACAUGCAAUAAUACAAAUGUUGCAAUAAACGGUGACUUUAGUGUAUUGGAGCCGCCACAUGUCCUUCCCUUAGCAAUGGAUAUUAAAAAUCUAUAUAAAAACCUAUGGGGUACACCUGGACCAAACCUUGAAAACGAGAUAUCGAAUAACCCGAUAGCUACGUAUGAAAUGCUAAAACCAAUAACUUCGGAAGAAGUUCGAAAGAAGAUAAACAAGCUGUCAAAGAAAUCUGCGGCUGGAUUUGAUGGUUUACAAAAGAGGCAUUUAGAAAGAAACGGCACAGAUUUAAUUCUAGCUACAUUAUACAAUAUCCUUAUUUAUAAAAGUUACUAUCCUAAGAGCUGGAAAACUAACCGUGCGACCUUAAUUCCAAAAUACGGGCAAGACUUAAAUAGUGUUAAAAAUUGGAGACCAAUUACAAUAUUAAUUUUGUCCACGUUUUCGGCGAUUCUCGCCACUGUGCGGCGGUUCGGUAUGAUGGCAGGAGUGCUAGGCAGUUGCGGAGUCGAUGUCACAUCUGGGGCGAACGGUCUCGUUCGUCCCGACAGUAGGGAGACCGUGGCUCCGGCGGACACCCGGCGAGCGUAUGGUCCACCCGGCGGUCAGGAAGCCGUCUGGGGUAUCCCCGACAGUGGCUGGUGGAACAGUGAUACCUUCGGCGGCGGUAGCAAACGCGUCUCGUCGCCGAACACUGCUGGAGGAAAGAGUGUAAGGCAAUAG